GUUCUCACAGUCGUCUUGCUUGCUCACCACGAUGCAGAUGUGUUGAAAAUGGAAGACAAGUUUAUCACGACGUUGUUUUUAACAUUAUUUUGGAGUUCUUUGUUGAUCGCAGGUGAAGAUGAAUCUGCCUUCUGUAACACACAACCCCCUGGUUUAACUGGCUACAACCAAUUUUGCAGUAUUAGCAGCCAGUGUGUCACGGGAAAAUGCAAGGAUUCAAAAUGUGUAUGUGAUGAUGGGACAACGUUCAGCACUUGCGCUGUUGCUUGUGUUCCCGAUUGUAAUAGCACAGUGACAGCCACAACAGGAACGAUAACCAGCCCAAGUUAUCCACAAAGUUUUGCAGCCUACUGUACUUGGACCAUUCAAGGACCGAUGGAGACAUUCAUAGCCUUCGAGUAA